AUGCCCAUGCGCCAUCCGCAGCUAGGUCUGACACCUGGCGAUCCCGAUUCCCGUCGCUCGUUCGAUUCUCAGAUCUCGUCAACUGGCUCACAACUUCACCUGUCGCAGCAACAGCGACCGGGUCACAAUGGCCGCGUGCCGCUAUCACAUACCCACUCUGCCAGACCGCCCAGCAGCCUCAUUGCAGGCAGAAGACCAGCAUCUUUAGUGAUUCCGAACACGCACAAACAGAGUAUGUCCGGAAACGUAUCUUUCCCUCCGCCGCAAAACGACACCUUAUCGAAUGGCCCACCGCAAUGCCUGACGCCCUGCCAAAGGGGCACAGUGUCCUUGUCGUCGCCAGCAACUGGUGGCGGUGCGCCUUUCGCAUCGUCGAGCUCGACACAAAGGCCUGCGCCGCUCUUGGGUCCCCUUUCGCAGCCUUAUUUCUCUUCGGUGGGUGAUGUCCCCGUCGCGCCUCCGUCGAACACGAGUUUCAGGUCGCCAGCGAGCGGCGCUGCCCGCGGUAACGUCAAAGGUAGUGGCACUGCCUUUGACCUGCCGAGGCCGCUAUCGAUGCAACAGCCUGGGUCCGGUGGCACGCCUCAGUCCUGGAUGCAUCCACAACAGUCGCCUUUUUCGUGGGGCCUCUCACCGCAAGCCAACAGCCCUUUCUUCCAACAUCAGCAACGACAGCCACUCUUACCGCCGCCGCCACAUCCACAGCCCGGGCCGUCCGCAAGCUGGUCUGGUGCGAUGAAUGCGCCGCACGGCGCUCCCGGCCAUCUGGAGUGGGACUGUGCACAAUGUGCGGCCCUGAUAGAGAGCGUGUACGCUGCGUCGCGCGAGACUGCUGAGGAAGAAAUGCGCCGACGGUCUGAGCUCGAGGCUAAGCGACAGCAGCAGGCGAGCCGAGAAGAGGAAGAGCUGCAGCGCGCUUUGCGCGAAUCGUUGGCGCUUGAUGCCGAGCAGCGCAGGCGCAAGGAGGAGGCUGGCGCAGAGCGCGUAGCGCUCGAGGAGAGCUUGCGCACCGCGUUGCAAGAGCAGGAGACCGAGUCGCUGCGGCGCGAGGCCGAGGUACAGACGACCGCUGCGGCGCUCGCGCGCAGCCGUGAGCAGGCGUCGGAUGACGCGCGCAGACGGCGCUCGCGCGAGGAGCUCGAGCAGGCCAUCGAGGCGCGCGUCAUGGGGGAGAGCAAGCGCGAGCAGGAGCUCGAGUGGCACAGGCGCGAGGAAGAAGAGCGCAUGUUUUUGCAAGCUCUUAAGGACGAGAGCCAAGGGCAGGCGAGCGUAUGGGAACGUAUGCAACGCGACGAUGCGUUCAAACCGGCGUUCGAUGCGCAUCGCCGCCACUCCAUGAAAAUAGGAAGGAAGAGUGGCAGGCAUGGAAACGCCACCGGCACUGACAGUGGAAGCCAAAGUGGCACCACAAGUGGGGGUGGGAGCAGCAUAGGACAGCAGGGACAUGGACCGCUGUCGCGUGAACCGGAAGUGGGAGCAGAGCCCCUGGAUGAGCUGGCGUCGCCAAGUAUGCCGAGCGCUUCUGACCUGACGCUUGGCAGCAGUGGCCCUGCGACGCCUGGAGACCUGGGAAUCGCGCUGAACCCCUUCACGGACGCAGCCGAAGCGCCUCCGCUCUACGAAGACGUCACGCCUUCUCCGUCAUCGCUGCACUCGGCGCUAGGUGUCGUUUCUGAUUCUACAGCGGCCUCGAUAGCCUUGGCUGCUCCUGAACGACCGCCGUUGAGCUCUAGGUCCUCGGAGCCUAGGCCCUUAGCUUCCAUGUUUGCAGUGCUGAGUGUGAGCCCAGGGCCUUCGCUAUCAUCUUCACCAUCAACGCUCCACAGACAUUUGCCGCAAUCUACGCCACACCCGCACUCGCAAGCGCAAGCGGAAAUAUCGCCAUUACCCUCGUCGAUGCCGCAAAUCCCGCCGAAACUACCUGCAAUGCGGCAAAGCUUGAAUGGCAUGCACAGUCGUCCGCUGCCGCGCAUCCCGCAGAGUCUUGUCCCUGCAUUGUCAGUGGCGCUCUCCCCUGCGGCUGUGUCGUUGCAACAUGCCGAGCUCGACAGCUUCGAAAGAAUCAUCGGUGACAGAGACCCCUUGCCCACCCCACCACCGCCCGUGCCCCCGCCCCCGCCGCUCCCCCUUUCCAUGCCGCGUUUGCGCUCGGAAUCGAUGCCGUCCGCUCCGGUGGCGCAGGCUGCGACCCUGCAAGCCCGCAAUUUGUCGCCCCUGCCAAGCGUGCGAACAACUGCGAUAGAAGAUUUGGAUUCGGACGAAGAGGAAAACAGGGCCCUGUCGUCGCGCCAGUCGCAGAGCACAUGUAGCCGCAGCGCAUCCAUCGUCUCGGGCGCCAGUGGGCAGUACAAUGGCAACGCGGGCGCGAGCCUCUUGAGCUUGGCGUCGAACAUCGCCUUAGGCUCAGGAUCGCAUGGGCAAGAGCAAGGGUUGGAAGUGCAAUCCCUCGACACGAAGUUCUAUAUUCCGCGAGCACAUGUCGCGAGCCAGCAGAGUCUGCGCACCGUCGCCUCAGAGAUAUCGCACACUUCUAUAUCAAGGCCACAGAGCACGAGCUCCGCCGCCGGCAUUAGUGGUGCAUGUGCAUCUAUUCCUCGAUUCGAGCAGAAGACUCCCGAGAGUGUGGACUGGGGCUAUGCUAGCUCGCCCUUCGACACCAAACUUUACGCUUCACCGCAGUCGAUGACAGUGAGCGAAAGCAAGCAAUACUUCCCAACCGUUAUCACGCUCCGCGCCCAUGAUGGCAAUCCGGAUGCGAGGGCCGCUCGCGCUGCUCCUGCGCAAACGUACUACUUUGUCAUUCGCGCGCAGACUUGGAAGGCGCUUUUACGCGCUAUGGCUUGGUUUGGCAAUACGCGCAUUGAAGCGGGUCCGGAGGAAGUGGUGGAGGCUGCUACUAGCGCAGCAACAGCAGAAUCAAAAGCGGGACCAGGGGUGCAGGAAGCCCGGCCCCUCACUGAUGCAGGGGCAUGCAAGCUCAUGAUCGACCUCGAGUUCGUCACACCGCAGCGCUGGGACGUCUCUCUCGCUCCGAUUGUACCCGAAGGGACUCACGGUGUCCAAGGCAGCAAUGGAAACGACAAACCUGCCUUUGUGGCUGUAUGCCUCUCGCUUGUCCAGCAUCGCUCCGCCGAGGUGUCUAGCGUGCUCGCUUUCAAUAACCGCAAGCUCGACACCAUGUACCUGCAGCACGGCAGCGCACGCCGCGCCGUCAUCUUGCCACAACGUCCCCCGCCGCUGCCUAUCUCUGUUGUAGACCUCGCGCAGCGCAUGCACGGCGCCCAUGCAUUCAGCGCCGCAUGCCCGUCGAUCUCUAGCAGUUCCAACAUGGCUGCAUCGCCGAGAGACUUGCACAAUGCCAUCGAAAAGCACGACGUCAAGUUCUUCGGGAAGCGGCGCAAGGAGGCGGGCAACAAGGGUCAAGGCGGCUCCCGAGCGCAUCUGACGGUCAGCGACGAUCCGACCGGGAUGCACAUUGCUGCAACGGGCGCCGUCUCAGAGCGCACGGCGCUGGAGAGGAUGAAAGGAGCAGUGAAGAAGCUGGCGAAGAGGAGAGACGACCAUGAAUUGAACGAAGACCUGUCAACCUGGAUCACUCCGUUCGAUCUCUCAGAAUAUGGCUGA